ACUUUGACCCAGACCCAGCUUGAUUCAGUAAACAAACCUGCUUCAGCAUGACUUCACACAGCCUUCCAAAAGUAGAUCUAAUUUACAGACUAAAGACAUUUGACUGUUUUUUGACUUUAGAACUUAUUAAAAUAAAUCUUAACAUGAAAUGCAACUGUGAUAGUGAUCAGUAUCAGAGGAUCCCAAACCUAAUUCUUUUCAGGAAAACGGUGUUAACUCACUUUCUCUAAAGUCUGAACGCUUAACCGUUGCUAAGCAACAUGAAAAGCAGUUGGCGGCUGUCGAUAGAACCUUAGCAAACUGCUAACGCUAAACCGUAGUGUUGCUGUUUAUGAGAUUUAUUUUGCACGCAACGUUUCCAAACUGAAUGCCAAACACGUACUAUACAUUGUUUACAGAAUUAAAAAACAAACCACCACGCUAAAUGCUUUUAAUUAACGUUACCAAGGCCAAGUGAAAAUAUUUUAUCGACACCAAGUGUCUAGCUAGGCUAGCUAAGCUAACGUUGCAGCCGUCAUCAUGAUGCAUGACCGGUUGGAAGUAACCGAAAUAGACAACUUAAUUUGAAGCAAGGUAACAGGUGAUCUAUCUAGCCUACUACUACUCUUCAGCUGGAGCUGUGGUGUCCAAGCUGAGAAAAAUUUCCUUCCAUUAUCUGCAAAUGUUUGGCAGCAGUGAUAACAUUGCAUCCCUGAAAGACUUGGAUGAAACCCAGGUAGAUGAGGAUGUUGGCUCUGGGGAAACGAGGGUCCUGAGGACAGGGCAGCUGCAGUCCAGCCCGAAGUAUGGCUGUGAUGAUGAUGAUGAUGAUGAUGAUGAUGAUGAUACUACGUCUGGUUCUGAAGGAAUCCCUAGCUCCAGGGACAAUACACCCGACCAUGCCCAGGCAUCAGAAUUUAAUGCUAUACUCCAUGAAAUACAAGAGCUCAGGGAAAACAAAGGCCAACUUGAGGAAUGCUUGGAAAACUUAAAAUACUAUCAUCAACGAGACUACACAGUGAUUGUGGAGGCCCUACAAGAGGAGCGAUACAGGAGUGAACGUUUAGAAGAACAGCUCAAUGACUUGACAGAACUGCACCAGAAUGAAAUUUUUAACUUGCAAGAGGAACUAGCCAGCAUGGAGGAGAAGACUGCUUAUCACUUUUACGGCAGAGCAACAGAUAUUCAUGAGGCGCUGAAGACAUGUCAGACACGUCUGUUCAAGAUGGAGCAUCAACAGCAGGUGGUGCAGCUUGAAGGCUUGGAGAAUGGCACAGCACGGACUCUUCUUGGAAAACUAAUCAAUGUGCUGCUGGCUGUUAUGGCAGUCAUUUUAGUGUUUGUGUCCACAGUGGCUAACUGUGUCAUCCCUUUAAUGAAAACAUACAGCCGCAUCCUUUCUACAAUGUUUUUUGUAGUUCUUGUCUCCUUCCUCUGGAGGCACUGGGAUGCCAUUUCAGAAUAUCCUAAUCACUUUUGCACUCUUCUUGAAAAGAGAAACAAUCAAUAAAACUGUCAACUCAAA